UGCUACGCCUUCAUGACCAUCGUAGCGUUCAUCAAGAAACAAAGCGUUGAGAUAUUCUCUUGCUAGCCUCACGCACACGAGAAGGUUUGGCAGAAAAUGAGGUGGUAAAUAGGUAGGUGUACUUCAUAACCUCCCAUCUCCCAUUUCAUCUCCUCUCACCUUCCCAGUCUCUCCAACCUACACAUCCUCCCCUCAUCUCCAGGAACUAGCCAUCCCAAUUCCCGACAACCACCCACCAUGGUUUCCAUCAAGACCCUCCUCACCAGCCUCAUCCUCGCCCUGGGCGCAACAGCCGUCAACGCCGAAGCAGCAGGGAAAUCCCGCUACCGCAUCCACUUCACCCGCUUCUUCGACUCCACGUGUCGCGAGCAGGUCCCGCGCGACGAAGAUACCUUGCGCAGUGGGCAUUGCAAGGAUUGGAAGCACGACGCCCCGCCCUUCACCGGCUUCAGCUACAGCUACUACCCGCACCACGGUAACCCGCCCGACAAGCCGGAGGACACGGUGUGCUCGGUGAUUGCGUAUCCCGAGCGGGAUUGCAAGGGGAAUGGCAAGGCGUUCGAUGCGACGAGUCAUCUGAAUAAGUGCUUGAGUAUUGGGGGGUCGGUGCAGAGUAUUCGUGUUGAGUGUGGGGAUAAUCAUUAUGGUGAGUGUUCAGCGCACGAGAGAGAGAGACCGUUGGUUUUAUGGGUGGGUCCUAACGGAUGGCAGAUUGAUAUGGUGCUCGAGAAGGGGUUUGAUGGGCCUGUAUCGUAGCUCUGAAUGGCUGCUGGCUUGGAAAGGGCGUGUUGUAUUGAGUCUGAGAUGGCGGGGAGUAAUGAUAGGGUUGUGGCGGUGUAGUCGAGUUAGCUGCCCGCCAAUGA